AAGUUUGAGCCAUUUUUUGUGUUAUUUAAUAACUAUUUGGUGUGUGGCUAUGAGGAUUUCAAACUUCUAUUAAAUGGGUCCAUUUAUUGAUUUCAUUAUUAUAUUAUAUCAAUCCCCUUCUACCUACAACUCUAUCUGAUUUUUCUGCAGGAAGAAAACCCAAUUUUUAUUUUGAUGGCUUCUUGUUAAUAAUGCCUUGUUGUCCUUCAAAGCUGUAUGACCCUCUGUGCCUUUGGGUCCUGAAAAAAUGAAUUACCUUGUGGUUAAUGUGAGAAUCUCUUGUGAAAAAGAAGAGUCUUUUUUUUUUCAAGAAAGUGAGGAGAGAUAAAUUUGGGGCUCUGAAGAUUCAUGAUUCUUGAUGGGUUUCUCUUUUUCUCUCUGCAAGCUCUGAAAUUUUCUCUGUUUUUUUAUUUUCUUGGGGUUUGAAUAUCUUGGAUGAAAUCCCCAUUUUGCUUUGUUUCUUUUUGCCCUCCUUUGCUUGUUCAUGCAAGUAAAAACAGCUCACUUUAUGGCAUUUGUUUUGGACUUUUAUUCUUUGUUACGUAGUACUCUCAGAAUUGCAGUGGGGCUUUGAUGAAAAGUACUUUCCACUGGUUUUUUUUAAGUGCAUGAUGUUGCUUUUUCUUCAUUGUUUUAGCUUCUUUUUAUUACCUUAUUCUUUAUGGUAAAAGGGUAAAAAUAAGAAAGAAUCCAAAGAAAAGUACCCAAAAGAAAAAUAAAAGCUAAAAAUUUCAAAAAAAAAUAAAAAAAAUAAAAAUUCAGGUGCCCUUUUGAUUGUACACUGUUUGGAGAAGAAAGGGUAACCAAUGAUUUCCUACAUAUGGUUUAUUAUCAUAUAAGAUUCAAAGCCUCUGCCUUUAUGCUUUGUAUGGCAAGCAUCAUUUUGUAGUCAAAGCCAUAAAAAAGAUCGUAUUUUUAAUCAUAUUUUACCUGCAAUAUAUGUUCAGCUCUUACAUUUUUCCAGCAAAGGCCUGAAGAAGUUUUUCUCCAUAUUUGAAGCAACCACAGUUGUAUCUGUUCUUGAACUAUUUCACUCUCCCAAGUGUUACAAGGAGAUACAGUUUUUCUAUCCUUUCUCUGUUCUGGUGAACAAAGUUAAAGAAGCAAUCUUUAUCAACAAUGCAAAGAGACACAAAUGGAAAUAGUUCACAUUCUAUCAUCUCACAAGCAAACUCAUUCUCCACAGCCUUAACUCCCCUUAAUGAUUCCAAUUCAUUCGCUCUCCCGAUAACUCAUGGACAACCCAUGAACGUCUUUAAUUCUGCCGAGAUGGAAAAUCAAGUCACGAUAGCCACUCUCAACGAGUAUUACACCGCCCAACGAGGAAAAGUCGUUUGCAAUUUCCCAACCGAAGCAUCGUUUUAUCCUCUCCAACCCUUGGAUUUUCAGGAAACAAAUAAUACCCGUUUUUUCACGAAUCAAGAAAAUGUCACAACGAAAACCGGCUCGUCGAGCAUCGCGAACCCGUAUUACGAUGAGCCAAUGGGGUGUUACGGUUACGAGAGUAGUAGUAUAGAACCGUGGAAUUUGAACAAGCUUGUCGUCCCUCCAAAAGAGCUCUCUCUUAGUCUUGCAGCGCCUCCUCCCGUUAUUCUUCACAGGAGCUCGGAUUUGAGCUCUAACGGGUCGUGCAGCAGCAAAAACGUGUCUUUAAGCUUUGACUCUCGCGAGCAAGUACAAGUGGCGGCCCCCAGCUUGAGAUUCGUGCACGCCGUGCAGGAAAUACUUGCCGAGAUUGCACGUUACUCGCUCGAGAAUGUCGAUAGCACGAGUUACUAUUCCGGGUCCGAUUUUCCCGAGUUUUCACCCCAGGAUAAUAACCACUCGCACGAACACGAGAUCGUGACUCGGAAAAAGCACUUGCUGUCCUUAUUGCAAUUGGUGGAUGAUAAGUACAGCCAAUGCAUGGAUGAGAUCCACACGGUGACUUGUGCCUUUCAUGCGGUAACCGAGCUCGACCCGAACCUGCACGCUCGUUUUGUUCUCCCGGGAGUAUCCUUCAUGUACAGAAAUCUUAGAGAGAGAAUUAGUUCCCACAUUCUCUCUCUAGGACAGUCGAGCCAUCAAGAUCUGGGGGAAACGAGAGAUGACAGCUCGUUUGAGACGAGCUUCAUUCAGAAGCAAUGGGCCUUGCAACAGCUGAGCAAGCGGGACCAACAGCUGUGGAGGCCUCAAAGAGGACUGCCCGAAAAAUCAGUCUCGGUUUUGAGAGCUUGGAUGUUUCAAAACUUCCUUCACCCAUGCGGAGAAGCACUUGCUUGCUUUGAAAAGCGGUCUCACAAGAAAUCAGGUUUCGAAUUGGUUUAUAAAUGCUCGUGUUCGGCUAUGGAAACCGAUGAUAGAGGAAAUGUAUGCAGAGAUGAACAGAAGAAAAGCUCGUAGAAAUGAAGAAGCUGAGGGGAAUAAUCAUAGAAAUCUCAUGUGUUUUGAGGGUACAAGAUUUGCUAUGGAUUGAGUUGGGAUUAAGUGUGUUGAGGUUAUUAUGUUAUAGAAUCCUAAUUGCCCUUUUUGUUUUGUAUCCUACGUACGGAGGAUAUAGUAUAUAGUAUGGAGGAUAUGCUUACAAAUGUAUAUUUCCUCAGCUCUAAGGUAGUACGGACAUGUGGAUCUGCCAAAAUAUCUUAGUUAUAAUCGUCAAAUUUAAUUUGAUGGGAUAUAGUUUCUUUGCCUUCGCUCCAUUGAGGGUUGAGAUACGUCUUGUGAAGUUUCUUGUUAUUUCAUAUUUUUAACUUGAUAAUUGAGAUUAUGUAAUAAUGUCUAGGGUUUAAGGAGCCAUACUUGACUUACAUGAUUACAUUUGAUACCAG